UUUACAAAAGAAUACUAUUAUGUAUUUCCCAAGGGUGAAAAUUAGUUUUCUGCCUGCUGAUUGGACACCUGGAACCCCCUCCAGAUGACGUUGCACUGUGUCUUUGUUGUCAAUCGAAAGAUGUCGCCAAGGUUUUCUUCAGCGUCCUAGCACGACAGGUGCGAUGGCACUGUCCAGAACACCGCGAUGAUUUCUUCUCCAACAAUAUUCAUUCCCCUUUUUUCUGUGCGAAUCCCAAAUAAAUGGCGGAGUGGUUUAUGCAUCACCUAACCCCAUAAUCUGAACAGGGGAUCCGGAGCAGGGACCUCGCUAACAAGUCAGGCUAGCUAGCCAUCGAAAAAAGUGCCCCCCCCCCACCCAGCUCCAGACAAGAUGGCAGACAGAAAGGAGCCGCCGUUCUACGAUGACCACAGCCCGGGACCGUUCCAGUACAAGCUCCCCAUCUACGAGACCAUGGAGCUCUUCAUAGAGACGCUGACGGGCACCUGCUUCGAGCUGCGAGUGUCCCCGUUCGAGGCAGUCCUCUCGGUCAAGUCUAAAAUCCAGAGGCUGGAAGGCAUCCCUGUUGCCCAGCAACACCUUAUCUGGAACAAUCUGGAGCUGGAUGACGACUACUGUCUGCACGACUAUGGCAUUGCAGAGGGCUGCACACUGAAGCUGGUCUUGGCGAUGAGGGGUGGACCCAUUAACACCCGCAGAGUGACUAUGGAGGACCCCAUGAAGGAGGUGGCUGAGCUGAUGGAGGGCAGCCGGGAGGAGGGCUGGGGGCCGCGGGGCGGCGCGGGCCCCAGGCAGGUCACCUUCCUGGUGUACCGCGAGGGCGACCAGCUCAACUUCUUCCGCGUGGUGGACCGGGGCGACGGCACCCUAACACCCCUCUCAGAGUCCAUGAGCGCCAGCAGCUCGGUGUGUCACGUGUACGGCGAUGACGAGGCGGACGGGGAGUGCGGCGCCGUGGCCCAGCAGAGCCUGGAGAACUCCAUCACCAUGAGCAAGAUGAAGCUGCUCAAGGCCAAGAUGGAGGACAUGAACCUCAGCAAGAAGAAGUCUGCCAAGCUGAAGCCACACCCCCCCGCCGGCCCCCUGCCGGGCCCCUGUCCCCAGGGGCCGCCCAGCGCCCGCCACCACCACCGCCUCUUCCGCACGCUCCCCCAACUCAACCACCCGUGGCACGCGCACACCCACCUACCUCCGCUCCGGGACCGGGAGACCGCCGGGCCGUCCCCGCCCGCGGCGCAGCACUCCUCCUCCUCCUCCUCGCUGCACCUGUCCCAGCUGGCCCGGCGGGCCCCGCCCCCGUUCUCCUCCUCCUGCUACAUGCUGCAGGAGGAGGAGCCGUGGGAGACGGGCGCCCCGCCGGCCAGGAUCCGCCCGCCGCCCAAGGUGUCCCGGCUGGACGUGGGCGGCAGCAGGCUGACCCGGGACUGCGUGUACCCGCAGCUGCCCCCGCUCUCCGCCCGGACGCCGCGGCCUCCCGAGGCCGGCCCGGAGGCGGGCCGGCCCUGCGCGGAGGGCCCGACGGAGCGCCACGUGUCCAGCCAGGCCCGGGGAGGAGGAGGAGGAGGGGGACGGCCCUCCCUGGAGCUUCCCCCCAGCCCCUCCCUGCUCAGCACCUGGGCAUUGGGGCCCGGCGACAGGAGGACGCCACUCGGCAGCUCCGUGCACGUCGGCCCGUCCCCACCGCUGCCUUCGGCCGCGUCGAAGGCCGUCCCCCCGGACAGGGCGCUGCCUCAGCCCUUUGAGUUCACCGGCUCCCCCUCCCCCUCCCCCACCCCCCCCCUCCUCCUCCUCCUCCCCCCAACCCCCCAGCCGUCCUCCUCCUCCGGCGGCCCCCCUCCCCGCCCGCUGCGCUUCCGGGGCAUCAAGGUGGACACGCCGGGCAAGAGGCCCGAGAUCCUCUCCAAGGAGGCGGCCCGGGGCAUCACCAAGCUGGCCAACCACGCCUGCAAGGAGCCCCUGGGGACGCUGAGCAACUCCCAGCUGCUGGCUUCGCUGGCGGCCUCCAGGGCCUCCGGGGCCCGCGCCGAGGCGGCGGGUCAGGGCCCGGUGGACAGGCGUCCGUCGGGGCUUCCUCCCAACUCCAGACAGGUGGGCCUGGGGUCCAAGCCCCCUGCCGCCACGGCCAGCGCACAGCUCUUUCAGGAUGACCUUCUGAGACAGAUCUCCCCCAUGCACAGAGCCGUGGCGCACAUGGCAUCCAACGGUGUGGGCUCGGCAGGCGGGGCUUCCACGACCAUCCGGCGACUCGGCACUCCAACAUACCACCUACCUCCAGUCAAGGCCCCCGUAGGCAGCAAGAAAAGGAUCUCCAAGCACUGCCUCCGCUGUGGCAAGAAGACUGGCCUGGCGAGCAGCUAUGAGUGCAGGUGCGGCAACAACUUCUGCGCGACGCAUCGCUACGCCGAGGCCCACGACUGCACCUACGACUACAAGGGAGCGGGGCGCCGCUUCCUCCAGGACACCCACCCCCUCGUCAGCGCGCCCAAGCUGCCCAAGAUCUAGCUCAAGAGACAGGGGGGGGGGCGACGCCGCGGUCCACCGCCCGGAACGAACCCAUAGGUGACGACGCGAACGCAACGGAAGGAGAAUGAGUUUAAUCUGAAGAUAAUUUAAAGAUUGAGAGGACAACAUGAACUUGAUCACCGCCUUGUGCUUACAUCACCUAAGUUUGCUUUAAAGGUCAAUGAGAAAACAAGUGGUCUUUUUGAUCAGCCAAGUAUGAAAACUACAAAUAAUAUUCUUAAGGGCACAGAACUAGUAGAUAUCACUUGUGAAUGAUGUGAAAGGAAACGUAUUUACUUUCUCCCCUUCCUGAACUUCAUCAGUAGCAAAAAAAACACCUUAACAAAAACAGAUGUGUGCAUGUACAUAUAGUUUGUUUUGGAAAAUAAUAUGUCUAUUGCACGUUCAAUCUGUGUGUGUGUGUGUGUGUUUUAUAUACAUCUAUAUAUAUUUAUACAUAUAUGUAGAUGUGUAUAUCCUUUUCUGGUAUUGUUUGUUCGGACUGUUUCAAUUUUUCUGACUAGGACUGUGGAUUACUUUUCAUGCAGUCUUUGAGAGAUGCACUUUAGAAUUAUAUUUAUACAAACCAUUUAUCCUUAUUGUGGGGAAGGCUCCUACAUUUACGUGUUUGUCUCUGUUAUGAAGUGUUAAUAUUAUAUUUCAUCAAGAAUUUUAUAAUCCAAUCUCCUUUUCCCCCUCUUUAUUAUAUCGGCACAUAAAAGCGUACACACAUACUUGCUUUUCCGGCUUUCACUUCAACACAGCGUACUUAUUUAUCAAGAAGAUACGUUUUUAAAUGGCAAUUAUGCAAUCUAUGUAGUUGUGAAUGUCAGCUGUAAUGUGUUUUUAUCUAAAAAGGAAGACGAUUCUUGGAUGAGAGGAUGAGAUUUAGGUAUUUAUUAUGUAUCUUCAGAAAGGUGGUUGCCAUAAUAUCUUUUGUAAUUUGUUUGUUUUAUUAAUAUUAUUGUGCAGCUUUUGUUGCAAAAUCUAAGUGCUGUUCUAUUUACAGUAAGUACAGAAGUUUGAUCUAAUAAAUUAAGUUUGUUUCCAUGGAGGGUUUUCAGUGAUUAUAUUUGAACGUGUGUAUGUGUCUGUCAGUAUCGAUUGAUUGAUUCACAUAAGUUAUAAAGGCCAUGGCUGAGGGUAUGGGCCAAAAUGUUCAAGCUUGUAGGAAUCAGUGUAGCUACAAAACGUAGGGUCUCUUUUUCGCUGUAUUAAAUGGCUCCGCUCUAAUACAGGCCUCUUGCUGUUCAUUAUUCUUGAAUGGUGACAGACUCGACCUUCAGGUUUGACCCCUUCCCCACCUUCCCCCCAAACCCUUUGGUUUCUGAGACAGUGAAGGAGCGCUUUAAUAAAGUGUACGACUGGCCUUACGGACUUCUGACAUAUUGAUCAGAGUUUCUUAAGCUACGUUGGUUGUAGACACAUGGAAAGGGAAUAAAGGCUACACGUCUAGAGUUAGGAAAUGGCUUCUUAUUUUGCAUGAAAGGUUAGUGGAGACAGAUUCCGUGAAUGCUCAUCUUUUUCAUUUUAUACCGCCGACAAGUGACUACUGAUUUUUAUUCCUGUUACUGAAUAUUUUUCAGACUAAACAAUACGAGUGUUGCAUUUCAAUGUCGCUGCUCCCUAUCUGGCUUUGAUAGAGAACAGGAUUAAACAGGGAAGACAAAUGCCAUGCUUACCAUUCAAAUGCCUUUGUGGGGUAAAACAACUUAAAAUAAUUGUUCUCAUUGUGUGCAUCAUUUCUGUUUUAUAAAGGCUCAUUCAACGGUGGAUAGAAUUGCUUCAGAUGAUUAAGAGUAAAAUUUGCUCUAUACUCCGCUAGCAACGUAUUCUUGGAUUAACAACUCAAGGUGAGUAUAAAGGACACCAACAUUCCUUUUGGCAACCCAACCAAAUCCCAUUGCCUCGGCUUCAUGUAUUUUUUAAAUGGACUACAGAAGGUUCUCUUCAAUAGCGCUACAUUUCCACAUCACUUGAAUAACGGCCUUCUCUGUCACUCAAAUCUAUAGAUAUAUUCUGUUUGACUCCUGUGUUACACUGACCAGGCAACGAAAGCAACAACUGCUACCUGUACCUGACAGCUUCAAUUCACACAACGGAGAGAGGAAUGAAGAUCUCUCUCUCUCAACCUCUCCCACAAAAAAAUAAAACAAACUUUCGGAUAUCAAUAGACCCAUUGUUUGUCCAGUGUAUGCUGAUAUUGAAGAAUCAAUUCUUCCCAAAGGAUAUUUUGGAUGUAUCACAUGUUUUACCGUAGUUUCAAAAUAAACCCUGAGGCCAGGGAUAUCAAAGUUCAGGUCAAAUCUUUCAGGACACCUUCAGGUCUUGUGUCUUUGCAAACAUCAACGGAUCCAAGCAAAGGGAAAUCUCUGUUUUCCCCCUGAUUUUUUUUUUUUCGUCCCAUUAUCUACAUUUUUCUUCAUGAUCUUGAUUAUUUAACAA